AAAAGAUGAAUGGAGAAUGAAAGAUAAUCUCCCUGUCCAAGAACGGAACGACGAACACGCGGCUGCUCAAGUCGAUGAGUAUGUGCACCAUCAUGAUCACUUUUUAUCACAUGGGAGAGGAGCAUGCAGCAACGAUCAGUACGACCGUAUGAGUGCCCAGGAACGGGGAGCGCUUUUAGCACACGCAGAUAGUGACCAAAAGCAAAACCCAGAGCAAUACUCUUAUGGUUCCAGCACUGACUACUGCGCUACUGCCGAUGGCCCCACUAGUGCUCCUCUACCACUUGCAGUACCAGGAAACUACUAUGCGCCCGAUCAAGAAGAGUCUCAAGCAGCAGCAGGUCUGACGUCAUUAUAUGAGGAAGAGGAGGACCCGGACAAUGCAUUGGGAGACUUCUUCGAGCCCUCUAGCCCCAGUAGGCAAGUGGACCACAUAGAAAACUUCUUUCAGACCACAAAUGAAGACGAUGCGCCAGAGGCUUCUUCGUCAAUAUCGAAUCCUUUUGGAGAGCACAUGCAGACUGUAGAUGAG